AUAAGGGUGGCCCAUUAUGUAAUUGAUACAUAAUUGCGCUAUCGGAUGACCUUCAUUUCUGUUAUCUUCUCAGUUUCGCAUUGAUCCAAGUCAAAUUGAUAUUGCUGAAUUUAACAAAGCAUUAUAAGUUCAAGCGUCAGAUUAUAGCAAUAUUUAGUAUUAACUUGGUCAUGCUCAUUUGACCCACAAUUUGUCCAUCUCUGUGCUGAAUCAAAAAAUAAAAAAUGACAAGUAUUUCGAAUAUCGUGAUCGCUAUUGCAUUUUUAUUUUUGGCCAAUUCCGAAGGAUCGCUCACUCCAAAAAAUCUGUCACAAUCGGAUAUUGAUUACAUCGAAAAUCAAGGCUUUCGUUACUUAACUCCACUCGAGGAGAUUAAAGGGGCACAACCAAGAUGGUCGUACUUCCUUAGUAAAAAUAAGAUUUCAAUGACGGACGCGUUAGGAAUGUGCGGUGUGCUCUUUGAAGGCCGACUGCUCACCAUAUAUACGAAGGAUGAGGACGAAUAUAUUCGUAUCUUGUUACAAAUUGAAGGAAUUGGCCCAGCUAACGAGUACGUGGCCACGUCUGGGAGGUGGAAUUCCGUCGUGCGCCGGUGGGAGUGGGGUACAACAUUGACGGAGUUAAUCUACUCGAAUUUUAGACCAUCAACCCCCGUGGGGACGCAGGGUCAGUGUGUCGCCGUUGUGGGAGAAUUGUCCAGCUAUGUCUGGAGUGCGGUCAAUUGUUUAGCCGAGAUGUAUUACAUUUGCCAAUUUUGAAUAAAAAUUAUAUUUCCUAAAAAAAUAUUCACAUUUCAUCCAUUAAAUAAAUACGUGUGUAAAUAAAUAUGGGACAUGUUGGGUGA